AUGUUGAAUCUUUUAAGUGAACCAAUUAAUAUUGCAAUCGAUGGUCAAGUAGCAACAGAAAAAACAUCAAUUGGUAGUAAACUUGCAAAAUUUUUAAAAUACAAAUUUAUUGAUACUGGCUUGUUUUAUCGCUAUUUUGUAGUAAAAUAUUAUAAUCAUCAUGUAAAUAAUUUAAGUGAUGAAAUAAUUAAUUCAAAUAUUACUAUUGAUGAUUUAAAAAAAAUUAAUCAACUUAGUAAUAAAGAAUAUUUACAAAUUGGAACUUGUGCAGCAGAAAUAGCAAAGAAUGAUGGUGUUAGAAAAGCAAUUAAUACUAAAAUUAAUCAAUUAGUCAAUGGAAAAGGAUUUGUUGUAGUUGGACAUAAUUUAGAAUAUGAAAAUAAUUUUACAUCAAUUUUUGAUAAUUUAAUGCAACGUGAUUUUAAGUCAUAUGAUUUAAUUCAACAAGCAAAACAAAUUUCUAUAAUUAUUAACAUGAAAAAUUUAUCACUUGAUCAAGCUAUUCAGAAAAUUCUUAAACUAGUUAUCUAUUAUUCUUUACAACAUA